GAACAAAUUACAAUAUCCGACUGGAGCACAUGGCAGACUGAGCACUCGGAGCAGGCACCAGCAGCUGUCUUCCUAAUUUGCGAAGCCGAAUGCAAAUCAAUAAAUGGAUAUUUCAACAGCAAUAGAAGGAUUUGGAAACAUAUGUUCAAGUUUGAAUAAUGAGUCGGCUUUUAAAUUUCUCAAAUGGGUUAAAGAUAAUGUGGAUGGUCUGAUUGAGAAACAGACAAAAGCAUCAGAAAGCAAUAGUGAUGUUGUCUUGGAGUCUAUCAGAGAGGAUGUCAGAACUCUUCUGCCCCUGGCUGGAGUGAUGCCAUCAGAGAAUAUCCAGGUUCCCACCAUAGGCCCUAAUUCAGAUUGUGACAGUCAGACAACAGAACACAUCGAUGCCUUCUGUUACGAUGACGAUGACAUCGAUAAUUUAUGUGAUGCCGGUCAGAUGAGCAGAAACUAUUGCACAGACUGUGGAUCAAGAAAUGUUCAACCUCUAACAUUUAUUACCCACUCUGCAUCAGUAAAACAGAUUAAGUACGUGUUCCGUCACCUGCUGGGCGACCUGAGGGGGAAGACUCUGAUGGACGUGGGGUCCAGAACAGGGGCCGUUCUGUACGGGGCCUAUCUGAUGAGCGAGGCAAGCUGUAUAGUGGGAGUAGAAAUUGACCCGACCUUUUGUCAAGUCCAAAAUCAAAUCAUUUCCAAGUAUCAGCUUCAGGACAGAGUGCAGGUGUAUCAACAAGACAUACAGAACUGUUGUAACUUAAUUCAACAAGCUGAUGUCAUGGUCCUGAACAAUGUCUUUGAAUUUUUCAUUCCCCAGGACACGCAGAAAAGUAUAUGGAAUUUUUUGUACCAGAAUGUGAGGAAUAAAGGAAGCUAUAUUGUGACAGUGCCCAGUAUUAGAGAGUCCUUACAGCUGAUACAGGUAAUGACUAAUACAGUUAUCUUUAGAUUUGGAUUCCUGGGUACAAGAGAUUCCUACAGGGGAAGUAAUUAAAAAAGCCAAUCUUCUGCUGAAUGGAGACAAGGAUAUGGAAGAUUCUGAACUCUCAGAGAUUCAUCUCUACCAAGUUGUGUGAUCUUCCACAGAUCUGCACCAAGUCAUGUGAUCUUCCACAGAUCUGCACCAAGUCAUGUGAUCUUCUACAGAUCUGCACCAAGUCAUGUGAUCUUCCACAGAUGUAUGCCAAGUCAUGUGAUUUCCAAGCUCCUCCUAUGAGCAGACUGAUAAAACAUCUUAUUCCAAUCUGCCAAAUAAUGCUCAUUGAUGUUCAAUUUCACCAGACCAUGAUUAAAGACCAUAAACAGAAAAUAUUAAGUCCAAAAUUAUGUUCAAUCUAUUUUAUUUUUUAGGAUGUGCAUGCAUGAUUUAUUGAAAUAUUGAAUCAUAUUUGCAAUAACAAUGCAACUUGAAUUAACUUGCUAAGAAACAUUAAAAGAUACAGUAUUUUA